AAGUCGCAAACUAACAAGGAAACUUGAAAUCACUGCUCCGUUAUCCAUAAAGUUAAAAGUGCUGUCAUCUGUGCUAAAAACUAGAGGAAUAAACGAAUAAAGAAAAGUAAACCUUCCAAUUAAGAUGUGUAAUGCUCUAUCAUAGCGUCAAGAACAAUUGUUGGGAUUAAUAGUGAUUUAUUCAAGAUGUUGAAUUCAUUCACUGGAAAAUUCCCAAAUGUGCUCAAUAAUUUCUCUAAAAUUAUGUCUGUUCAGAAAGGUGUUGAAGCGAUGCUUUCUGAAGGUUAUGCUGUGAAGUUACUGAAAUCUGGAGGUAUAAUUGCCCUACCAACAGAUACAAUAUAUGGCAUAGCAUGUGAUGCAACAAACAUCGGGGCAAUAAAUAAAUUGUAUUCUGUUAAAUGCAGAGAUGAAAAUAAGCCAUUAGCUAUAUGUUUAGGUGAUAUCGAGGAUGUGAAGAAAUGGGCAAUUGUAGAUCAUCUACCAUGUGGUUUACUCCAAGCUUUAUUACCUGGACCAGUUACUCUGAUCCUUCAGACUGUUAAUAAAUAUUUAGACAAAUCUUUAGUGUGUUGUGGUAAAGUUGGUAUAAGAAUACCAAAUUAUGAUUUUAUUAAGUCAGUUGCUAAUGGACUUGGAAAACCAUUAGCUUUAACAAGUGCAAAUUUGAGUUCACAACCAAGUUCAGUGAGAAUAGAGGAGUUUGAAGUUCUUUGGGAUAAAUUAGAUGGUAUUUUUGAUGGAGGUCAUUUGUGUACUCCAACCAUCAGUCGUAAAGGAUCCACAAUAGUAGAUUUAUCAAAAAAGGGCUUUUACACAGUAGUGAGAUCAGGAAUGGCAUUAGAAAACACUUGUUCAAUCCUUGAUUCAUUCCAGUUGACUAACACUUAACUGAACUGAAGAGGGAGGAAUCAGGGAUGUUAACAAGUUUAAACAUCAGAUUGAAGACGAUGAGGAUUUUAUGGAAGUAAAGCCAAGCACUAAUUUUUUCCUAUUGAUGUUGGUAAAAAUUUGAAUAAUUACCUCAGAUAUCAAUUUUGUAUUCAACCGAGAAGGCUCUCAUCCCCCAAUGUAAGAAUUGUUCACCAAGAAAACCUAACUUUUUUAUGAAAUACUUUAUUCUACCGAUAGAAAUAAAUCAGUAAUUUAUCAAAA